AUGGACGCCCUUCCGCCGCCGACAAAGGCACGGCCUUUCCCCGUCGUGAAGCCCGACCAGAAGUCCGUCCUAGGAGUGGCCUUUGCCUUUGCCAUCUUGCCCGUCAUCGCAGUAGUGUUGCGUGUCAUCUCGAGACGCAUGGCCUCGAGGCCGCUGGACGCCAGCGACUACUGCAUUAUGGGUGCUUAUGUGCUUGCAGUGGCGUUGGAGGGUGUCAGUAUCACUGGAGUCAUCGACUGUGGAAUCGGAUAUGACCACACGAUGGCUGUCGUCGCGGAGUAUGGCAUGGACCCUAUUACCAAGCUUCUCAAGUUCUUCUGGGCGCUGAGUCUUGGCCUGUCCAAGGCGUCCAUUCUCCUCCUAUACUCCAGCGUCUUUGCCGUCCGUCCAGUUAUCUGGACCGCAAGAUGUGCCAUUGUGUUUAUCGCCCUGUACUCUUUCACCAUCACCGGAGUUCUCAAUUUGCUCACCGAUGUGGUUGUGCUGCUACUUCCCGUGCCAUACUUGUACGGUCUACAGAUGCGCACUUACAAAAAAGUGGUCUUGAUGGGUGUUUUCGGCGUCGGUCUACUCACAUGCGUGGUCAGUGGCAUUCGUAUCCACACCCUGUCAUCCAUGAAAUUCGACGAUAUCACCUACUCCAUGCCGCCGGCCAACAUCUUCUCGGGCCUCGAACCCAGCGUGGCGGUGAUCCUGGCCUGUAUCCCGUUGAUGCGGCCUUUGCUUGGGCGGACACGCUUCGCUUCCGAGGGAUCCAGGACGUAUGGAUCUGCCAACCCGUCCAAAGCCAUCGAAUUCGAGAGCGGCAAUGAUGUCAAGGGACCGUUUGAGCCGCUCAGCGACACCAGCUCGCAGUACAGGCUGAGACCAACCGGCCCAAAGCACUACGCUGAUGUGCAAACUGCUAAGAGGGCCGAAUCGAUCGGUCAGGGUAGCAGUGACUUGGAAGCGGACGUGGAGGGCAUUGUUGUGAAGCAACAGUGGAAGGUCAAUGUUGAUGCUCGUUAG